CCGGCAAAGGUUUUUUGUAUAUAUACUAGUAUACGUGGCCAUAUAUGUUUACUACGAAUGUUUACCCGUGUGUAUAAAAACGUAAGCACUUAAGCAGGUAUAUGCACGUGUUCGAACUUCGAAGGUCGAACAAGAGAAUACGUGUUUCAACUUGGCAUCCCGUCGUUCGUGGCAUUCAAGUACUUGAUUUCAGAGUGUUAUCAAUUUAUUUUUAUUCUUCAUGUUUACUUAGUAGUACAAAGUGAAAGACUUUAUAGUUCAGCGAGAAGAAAAGACAAAGAGAGAGUCCACGGAGAGGACGAGAGGAGGGUGAGCUGACCGCUGCUCUGCUGCAACCUGAACAACCUUGCAAAUAGGUACUUUUAAUUGCAGCCAUGGAUUUGGUAAAGUUUUUUGGAAAAAACUUGGAACUUCAAAGGCAGCCUUUGCAGCCAUUAAGGACCCCCUCCGAAGUGAGCGAUGGGUCCUUUAUUAUGUCAGCUCCAAUGAUGCAAGACAGAACUUACUUAAGUGGAAAAGACUAUGCUCGAAAAUAUGUGGAGCAAGAAAAUCAAAUUGCUCUGGAGGCAGCUAAGGUAACAGGCCCACCGAUGAGUCAAGGAAAAAUGGAUGAGAUAUCAGUUGGAACUGUUCCAACAAACGUUACGGAAAUUGUAAAUGAAAGAGCUGUAGAUGCUAUGAGCAAUUUUAACUUUCAGCAUCGAUCUCAAGAAAAUCUACCUAUUUUUAGUUAUCGAGAUGAAAUUGUAAAGACUAUACAAACCCAUGCUGUGACAAUCAUUGAAGGUUCCACUGGAUGUGGUAAAUCUACUCAAGUGCCACAGUUUAUUUUAGACAGCUAUCACAAUCAAAAAAAGUUUUGUAACAUUGUUGUAUGUCAACCACGAAGAAUAGCCGCACUCAGUAUUGCUACAAGAGUUGCUCAGGAAAGAAAAUGGAAGUUGGGCUCACUUGUUGGUUGUCAAGUUGGAAUGUAUAAAAAUACGUCCCAAGACACAAGAUUAACUUACUGCACAACUGGAAUUCUUCUUAGGAAACUAAUCUCUACAAAAAAUAUGCUUGACUUCACACAUGUAAUCUUGGAUGAAGUUCACGAACGAGAUCAGGAGAUGGAUUUUCUCAUACUGGUCAUCAGAAAAUUAUUAAGAUCAAAUUCACGAUCAACAAAAGUUAUAUUGAUGUCAGCUACCUUUAAUGUGGACAAGUUUGCAAAUUACUUUGCUUUUCCAACUGAAACAGGAUUCAUAGAUGCUCCCGUUGUUUCUGUUUCGAAAAAGCGUAAAUUCAAAAUACACACUCACUACCUUUGCCAAUUGGACAGUCUUGGGGUGAUGCCUGAAGUUUCCUAUGAAGAGCCAAAAGUUACUGAAAAAAUGAUACAAUUUUGUGUUAGGCUGAUAAAUAUUUUUGAUGACAUUGAUAUGAAAAAUGAUUACGAUCCAGAAGAUCUUGAAGAUAAUGGAGAAAAACCAAGACCAGCAGUUUUGGUAUUCUUACCUGGAAUUUGGGAAAUUGAAGAAAUGCACAGUCUAAUGCAUCCGCACAGUGAAAAGUCAAAGUGGGAUAUUGUAGUUUUGCAUUCAAGCAUCACUAAUGAAGAGCAAAGUAAAGUAUUCACAUCUCCACCAAGGGGGUACCGUCGUAUUAUACUAUCAACAAAUAUUGCUGAGAGUAGUAUUACCAUUCAAGACGUUCGAUAUGUUAUUGACUUUUGUUUGACAAAGCAACUUAUCACGGACCCAAGUACCAAUUUCCAAUGUUUGGAGUUGACUUGGGCAAGCAAAGCUAACUGCGACCAACGAGCUGGACGUGCCGGUCGUGUUAUGGAUGGUCGUGUGUAUCGACUUGUUUCCAAAAAGUUCUAUGAAGAGCAACUUCAAGCUGAAAAUGAACCAGAAAUCGCUCGAUCCCCUCUUGACAAGUUAGUUCUUCAAACAAAGCUGCUGGACAUGGGCGAGCCGAAAGCUGUACUGGCUUUAGCCAUUGAUCCACCAGAUCUGUCAAAUCUCGAACGUACCGUAUUGUUACUUAAGGAAGUGGGAGGUCUUGUAGACAAACCAGGAGAAGUAAAUAGAGUUGACGGUCACUUGACAGAUUUGGGUAAAAUCAUGGCAAAUUUGCCAGUUGACGUUCACCUUUCUAAGCUGAUGGCCCUUGGACAUGCAUUUAAUGUUCUUAGAGAUACGAUCAUAAUGGCUGCCAGUAUGGCUCUCAAGAGUAUGUUUAGCAAUCCUUUUCAGAAGCGUAUGGAAGCCUACAAAGCCAAAGUGCACUGGGCUGAUGGAUCUUCCAGUGAUUCCAUGGCUUUUCUCAAUGCUUAUCGCGUUUGGCAGCACGAGAUCACAGCUAAUCGAAUCAAGCGUAAAACACGCAGUGAACAAGACUGGGCCAAACGUAACUUCAUUCAAAUAAGAGUAAUGCACGAAGUAGACUAUAUGGUAGGUGAAUUAACGCAACGACUUGAAAGGCUUGGCAUCAAGGAGACGACAGGUUUAAAAAAGCUUGUUAUUGACGAUCUGGAUCGAAGUUUUGUCCUGAAGAUAGUUAUAGCGGGGGCCUUUUAUCCAAAUUACUUUAUCCGAAGCCAGUCUGGCUACUUUGAGAACGAUGGCACUUACGGUGCUCGGGGACUGGGUGGCCUUGAUCCUACACGUACCGUGUAUCUUCAAGGCUGGAAAAUGGACCAUCCUGGUAAGCUUUAUGCCAAAAGAAUCCAAGAAUUAUUCAAAGACAUUGUUCCCUCGCACGAACAAGCACUUGUUGAGUUUGAUGGGUCAAGUCGAAUUUACAUCAUGUUCAGUGAUGAAAAGUUUUAUGGACAUGAGAAAAAAAUGAACGAAAUGCCUGGAAAGAUAUCUCCGUCCGUGUACAAAGCUUUGAAAAUGAGAAAACUAGGCAUGGAAAUCAGCGUACCUGUGUUGGAUGUCAAAAGUGCUAAAAAGAUGGCUGAAAAGCUGGAUCUUCCAACAACAACUUGCAGUAUGUUCUACAGCCAAGAUAACUUUAAUGCUUUAAAAAAAUGUCUACCAAAAACUUUACCAAAUUUACCGGAUUUAUCAACAAAAAUUAUGGCUAUUUGCAUUGUUAAUUUUAUUGACCCUGGUAAGUUUUGGGUGCACUUGCGGGACAACAGAGUCAUCUCGGAUCAAAUCACCAAAAUUAGGAAUCACCUGAACGACCCAGAAUUAACUCCAAAAACACUUGAACCAGUAAACAGAAAGCUUAAGGUGGGUGAACUUGUCGCAGCUCCAUGGAAAGACCAAAAAGUAUAUCGAGCAGUUGUCGAAAGUUUUUACGAGAUCAAGAAAGAGGAUGUUGCGAAUCUUCUGUACAUUGAUUUUGGCUAUCGAUGUUCAGUGCGCUGUGCUAAUCUUCAGCUUAUUAAAGAAACUUCUGAAAUAGCUACAAUAAAGGGUUUAGCUCUAGAAUGUACGCUUACCGGCAUAGAGCCUUCAAGAAGAAAGAACGCGAAGGGCAAAUGGUGUCGAGAAGCCGUUAAUCUGUUUAGGAGUUAUGCAGCAACUGAUCGAUACGUAGUGUAUGGUGAAAUAUAUUCCAUUGUCGACAGCGUAAUCUCCAUAGUAUUGAUGUGCCAAGAUCCGCACAAUCGCAGAAACUUAAUCAAUUUAAAUGAUGAACUCGAGCGAGAAGGUCUAGCUGAUCCAGUAGAGGAAAACUACUUGUCGAAAUACAACCACCAACUGAGAACGAAAGGUGCUCAGUCCAGUGCCCAUCACCGUCAAUACUUAGAAUUCCUACAGUAUGACAAGAAUUUCUUGAUAAGUUCAUAUCCGGAUCCUCCACCCGUGAACGACUGUAAUUUUAAUAUGUUGUUAAAAGGACCUAAUUCACCACUUGAAAUUAACUUGUCUAGUCUUGCGAUCGUCGCAGCAAGUAAGUCUGUUGUUGUUGAGGGCGGAUCAGUAAAUUCUGUACUGGUGGACACAAAUCCCGAGGAUCCACAUGAUCGUUUACUCGUAUCUUCGCUCGUCAGUCAAAAUCAAUCAUCGACUACCUUGACGUUACGCAACACCACUCUUAUGCCCAACAUACCAGGCUUGACCGCUUUAUUGUGCUUGAUUUUUACUCCUAAGAUGGAACUAAGGAGAAGCUCUGGUGGAACGUAUUACGUCGGAGCUCUGUGCGGAUUAGGAUACGAUCCAAAAAAUAAUGCACCGUUGUUACCUGAACACGAUAUGGAAGUAUGUUUUGAUACUGAAGUCAGCAUACAGGAUUUGCAAAAUAUAAAUAGAUUGAGACAUUGGAUUAACUUGGCCAUUAACAUCAAAAAAGAUGAGAAUGACAAUAAUGAAGAUCAAGCUAUAUUCUGUCAAAAAAAAGUUUAUAUGUUUUUAACAAAUUUGACCGAUCAUCCCACCAAGUCUCAACAAAAGCAGAAAAUUCUUAACUUUGGAGGCUGGAAUAUGUAUGAUGAUUCCUUGUUUAUACGCCCAACAAAGAGUGUCAUUAAAGACGAUAGUAUUUAUCCUUUGCAUAAUGCUUUGUCACUGGAGGAUCGUAAUGAAAUCGCUGAAGAGAUGUUUCAUCACAUCAAAGAAUUGAGGCAGUUGGCUAUGUCUGAUCCAAGGAUUUCGGAUAAAAUUGAGAUUGAGUGCAAGUUGUGCGAAGAGAUUAUGUACACACGGGAAGAUCUAAGACUGCAUUUAUUUUUAGAAAAACACAGGAAUAAUGAAUCAAAGUUAAAUUUAAAUUCAUACUAAACUACUAUUAGAAAUAAGGUAAUAUUAAUUCUUAAUAUAUUGUAAGUCUUAAUUAUAUAUAUUGUAUAAUUUUGUAAUACUUUUUCAACUUUUUUUAAGUAAACUGAAGAAUAUAUUGUAAGUAAGGUACAUACAAAAAUCUCAAGGAUUGCCUAAAGUCUAAAUAAUUGUAAGCUUAUUUUCUAUUUUAAUUCAAAUUCGUAUAUUUUUUGACAGAAAAGAGAGAAUAAAUUUGUUCAAUAACUUAA